AUGGUGCUGAGACCAGCUCAACAAGGUAAUUCAAAAAGGACUCUAUCAGACCAAGCACGUCCAACACAGGAUCGGAAAUGGACAUGGAUAAUGUUGGUGAUUCUCAGGCAAUCAUCAUUUCACAAGAAAGUGCACACCAAACUACUACUGGUCUCACCCCCUCAUCGUAGUCGACUUCAUUGGACAACCUUGGAGGCUUUGAUGUGUGCUAGAAGUUGGCUAUGGAGCAAGGAGAACAAUGGUGAUGUGAAUUCUCAAUUAUGUAAUGAGUUUGCAACUUUACCCAAUGAAAUAGAACCUGAUGAUGAAUGUGAAAUAUUGGCCAGUGGUGUUACUUCCCAUUUUGAAGAGUGAAGCUGAAGAUGUAGGUAGCAUAUAGAAAAAGACUGCAGACAACUUUUAUGUGGCUAUUUAUUUUAGCAAUUUUAAAUUUUUGAUGAACA